AUGUUAUGCUCAAAGCCUCUUGCGAGUUUUGUAGUUCUUCCAAACACACUGCAAAAUGGCCUACAAAGGUUGUGUAUAUCCAGCAUCGGCCUUGGUCCUCGAUCUGCAAGGCCAGUUCAUUAUUAA